GCACACUCACAUUGCCGCUGCCACUGGAUCCAUUCCUUUUCCUUUCGUCAAUUUUCCCCAGCCGACGGGAUCCGACAAUGUGACAAUUAUUAUCCCCAAUACAUCUCUGUAUAUUCCUCUACCGUUAUCUGUGUUAGUAAUCCCUCAACCCGGCGCAUAUCAUCUUUCACCUGCCCGCACCAAGCUGGCAUCGCUGUAUUGAUUUCACGACCAGUCAUUUCACUACUGUGUAGUUAACGUUAGCACAAGCAACACCGUGGAUGCCAUGAUAUUCCAUUAUGCUGGGCGCCUGCGCUCCAUUAUGCCAUGAUCCGCCGUAUACUCAAGCGCCUCCUGUGCCUCCUAUCCCCCCGAAAAUGUUUCGUCCUCCUGGUGCUGAGCAGUGUGUGUCUGCUGGUGCUGAUCAUGUGGAAUCAGAGCGUCAUGGAUGGUGGGGUGGCGCCGCGUGGCGAGGCUCUGCGGGGAAAGAUCCUUGUUGAACCGUCCGCCGCGCGCAAUGUCUCGUAUGCGCUGCUGAAGGGGGAGGAUUUUGUGUUUGAUGUAACGCCGGAGGGGAGUGUGUGCGGGGGGAGCGGGGUGACCGCCGCUCUGGAGCGGGAAGAGGGGGUACGGGUGCGCUGGGGCGAACUGCUGCAGGCACGGCCGGAUAAUGAGGAGCCCGCGGCUCCCGCGCCGCCGGAAUCCUACGGGGUGGUUGUGGUGACGGGGGCCUGUGAUAGAUUAACGCGGGAGAGUAUUAGGCGGACGUGGGGCAGCGGGGCGUGGAUGAAGGGAGCGCGGAUAAGAGUGGUGUUUGUCUGUCGACUCAUGGCUGGAUCGAAGGAAGACGAUCCAAUGGCAACUGAAUCUCGCCUUUUCGCCGACAUCCUGCAGUAUCUGCGUCUGCCCACUGAUUUCUAGCGGCCUUAAUCUGGAUCCAGCGCACCUGCAGCGAGCCCUCCCCGGAUUUCAUCGUCCGCACCACCCCGGCCGUUUAUCACCUGCCCACCCU